AUGUCAACUACUUCAUUAGAAGACAAGCAACAACAAAUUAGUUUCCAGUAUGCCAACGAGUGUGACUUGGAGAUUCACUGUUCACCCUUUGGGUUGAGCGGAUUGUAUAUUAAGAUUGACGGGACCAAUCUAAUGGGAAUCGGAUCAACGAUGGGGUUGAUCACGGGAUCUACCAAGGGUCAUUUGCACUAUAACGACUCCAACGACUUGAUAGACCAGAAAUACAAGUUGUAUGUGAUAGUAGACGAGGACGAUAUGUUGAGAAUUGAUUUCGCCAAAAUCUUCACAUUGGAAAAGGACAAGUCCGGCGAGACCAAAAAAGACAAGACUGAAGAAGAAGAGGUGCCUACGUUGAUAUUCAGGGGCAAGUGUCCGGAGGGUAGACCCGACAAUGUGGAACCGUUUAUAGGCAUCUUUUCGUUUGAGAGAGAAAAUUAG